ACAAAAAUGACUUGAACUGGAUUUUCACUGACUAUGUCAUAUUUAUUAUGUGUACAUCACCAGAAAAAAGUAAUACAUAAUUAUAAAUCCAUAGAAAGAAAAGUAUUAGUAAUUAAAUCACAUGGAUUAAAUCACAUCGAUUUAAAUAUCUUCACUAAAAUUAAUUUAUGUUAAAUACAUUUCAUCAUCAUAGAAGUGUUCCUUGUGGUGUAAAAAGUUAGUGAAGGUCUACUUGUCGGCUUUUCUUUCCUUUCACCGAGAGAAAAUGAUUUUUUUGGCGUUAUCAUGUUUGUUUAUGUUGAGUCCACAGGUCACGCCUUCCGCGUUGCGUCAUCAUCACGCUGCCGGAAGUAAUUCUACGCAGGGCACAUGCUGGCAUCCUGACGACGUACAGCAACAAGAAUCACCUUUGGUGAUGAAGCACGUGUUUUUGACAGGGCCACCUGGUGUGGGUAAGACGACCCUGGUGAAGAAAGUGUGUGAAGCCGUGGUCUCCGCUGGGGUCACCAUCAAUGGCUUUUACACAGAGGAGGUGAGAGAGAGUGGGAGGAGAGUGGGCUUUGAUGUGGUCACGGUCACAGGUGAUAGAGGACGUCUGUCCAGGGUCAGCUCCGAACCGGCCGCUGGAAGACAUGAAUACAGAGUCGGCCAGUACGCCGUUGAUCUUCAGUCAUUUGAAAGUCUUGUGCUCCCUCUUUUCAGAGACACGCGGGAGGGAAGCAGAAGGGUGUUUGUCAUCGAUGAGAUCGGAAAGAUGGAGCUGUUCAGUCAAGCGUUUAUCCGGGCGGUGCGACAGACUCUAGACGCCUCCAGCUGUUCUAUCGUGGGCACCAUCCCGGUUCCUAAAGGAAAACCUCUGGCGCUGGUGGAGGAAGUGCGCGGCCGACAAGAUAUCAAGAUCUUUAUGGUAAUAAUACAUACGUACUACACUCACAAAUACUUUUUGCUGAAAAUAAUGACUUUUUUUAUUAGCUUUCCAGUUGGGUUCUCUGUGCUCAUCAAUGAAGCUUCAUUUUAUUCGCCACAAAUGCAGUUCCCUUCAUUUCCUGAGAAAAAUAUGAUUCACGCUGGGCUCCACAGAAAUAGGAAGCGAUAUGCAUUUGGCCUUUGGUCCAUGAUGACUCAAACGGUCACGAAAGAAAACAGAGACUCGUUGUGUGAUGACAUUGUUUCUGCUCUUCAGGAGUGCCUCAAAUAAACAAGAAAACAGAACACUUAACAUAUAUUUCAGUUUUUUGUUCAGAAUUCAUCAAGCUCAGUAAACCAUCUGUUCAUUCCCUCACACGGGUAAAAUGUUGCCUCCGAUGAAUUGACCUCAGCAUGAUUGAUUCAGAGCGAGAUCAUUGGAGAAAGAGAUCCUGGAGAAAUGACAGAGAAUGAUGAAUAGGGUGAAACCUUGUGGACAUUUGUCAGCCCUUAAAUGUUUUCACCCGUCUGUAGUUGGACAAAUAGUCUGUGAGUUUGUCGACUGUUCCGUUCGCAGAGACGAGUGUUUCCUGUGUGUACGGUUCCCAUUGGACAGGAAAAUACAUUUAAAGAGACAUACUGACAGGCUUCCAGAUGUUUUAUAUUAAAUAUGAAAACGUGGACUUUAAUGUUGUAUAUUUGUACUGUGGGCUAUAUAAGAUCAAAUCAGAUUUAAUCUGUUUUUUUUCUCAUGAGUCGUUAUACAAAAACACACGAACGCACAAUACACAAUGUUUAAGUCCCUGAACUAUAAAAAACUCAAGUUAUUUAUACAGACGGCAGAUGCAGCGCUGUUAAGCGAAACUCAACAGCUGUGUUUACAGAAGCCUCCUGAAUGUUCCACGUGUUCUCUAUGUUUCAUCCUGUGUUACGCUGGUUUGUCAGUGUAUUAAAACAUCUAUGUUUAUGCAAGUCAUGGAAUAUGCUGCGUUUAGAGUUAAAGAUGCCAUGAAUUAAAACCACAAUUUUAACCCGAGCUUUUGUUGUAUAAGGGAAUCGUAUUCACGCGAACAUAAAGCGAAACGCCCUUGUUACAGAGAUUACAUCUGUUAUUGACACCAGGCCCAGCGAACGCCAGGUUCUGGAAUGCACCUAUAACGUCAUUGAUAGGUUGAACACCGCCUCCACAAGAGAAUAUCAAUGACUACUUCUCUAGCCCCGCCCACUGGUUCGCGCAUGACAGUACUGAAGUAACACAAGUUGCGCGGAACCAGAUAGAGCGAGCAAGCAAUAAACAUGCCGUUAAAGAUCGCAAAAUAUUGUGCAGUCAGUGCCUGGUUGUGGAAGAACGCAGUCGUUCCAGCUCACGCGGGUAAACCAUUACCGCGGAUUCCUUUGCGAACAAGGUCGACGAUGGAUUAGCGGAGAGACUGCUGUGCCGUCAAUAUUGGAUCCGAUAGGAAUGGCACAGCAAUCUUAUGUGAGUAAAACAUUUUUGUACUAUGCGUCUCUAUUGCUUUGUUAGAGAUCGCUUGAUAUGCCCUGAAAUACAGAUGCGGGGAGGUCAUUUAUAAAUCACACGAGGUCCCCAGAUAAUACUAAUCCUGUGUGAAUAGGGCGAAUGUGUAACCUAAGCUAUACAAACUAUACGCAAAUCCUUGCCAUCACCGCCGGGAAAUAAGUCAGUAAAUUUGAGUAAAUCAGAGGCUUCACUUAUCCCGUGCGAAUGCGUCACAUGAAAUACAGAUGUGGGGAGGUCAUUUAUAAAUCACAGGAGGUCUCCAGAUAAUACUAAUACCGUGCGAAUGUGUAACCUAACGUUACGUCUCGAACCAAAUUCACAGAAGGCUCCAACUAAGUUUACUACGCAAACUGCUAUCCAAUCAUAGCAGUGGGCGUUUACUUCCAAGUUUUCAUGGCAUUACUUAUUGAUUUUGAUGUUUUUGAAUGUAAAAACCACGCGGACGUCAUAAGUAGACAAAACAAUAAACAAGCCCAGUUCAUCACACCUUUAAAGUGACCCAAAAAGCAAACGCUGUCAUCCGUUUAGUUCUUUCAUGAUGAAAGAACUAAACACUGUUUACAAAGACAAAAAGACGUGAUUUAAAGCUUCCACAGAUUGUCCAUCCAUAGCAGAUUUGGCUCAGAAUCCUGUGACGCACAUUACGCCUGGCACUGUGACGUUCUCCUUCCUUUGAGUUUGGAACGAAUGCUUUACCAGCUGACCUCUACAUCUCCGCACCUCAAGCACCGUCCACAGCAGAUGAAAAAACAAGUCACUGAAUCAAUCUCAACAUGUAGAGCAAUGAUUCUUUAGCAUUCAUCCAUCCUCAUGUCAUUCCAAACAUGUAUGACCUUCUUGUGUGUAACACAAAACCACUGACAUUUCUCAAAAUAUCUUCUUUUGGGAGUCAUAUAGAGUUUUUGAAUGACGUGUAUAAUAAUGAAGUCGUGUUUAUGGCUUCGUGUGUGUUUGUUCCGGGUCAUUUGAAGGUGUCGAGCAGCACAGAUUGUGAAGAGGAUUGUGGGUAGAGUUGUGUCUGUCAGGGGACUGUUGUGGGUCACCCUGCUGCUGUUCUCUUAAAGGUGCUGCCAGGGGCCCGCAGUGGCAACACAGAUGGAUUACAUAACAGUGUUGACGGGGGCUGAGCCAACUCCUGUCCCGCCAACUGUGGCGGGCAUCUCUAGCCAAACACUCCAGGUUACGUCAUCGCUUGAAGCUGUACAUUUAUGUGUUUGUCCUUCAAGUUUGUACAUCUCAUGUCAUCUUCUAUAACUAAAGCAUGAAAGACAUUUGCCUUUGGAAAUGUUUCUGUCAAUUCCAUUCCAACUGAUAGGUGCAAUAAAAAACUGUUUUGAAAGGAUGUUUUGGUCUGUUUAUUUGUAUAUGUUUCUGAACAAAAUGUCAUUGCUGGGCAGUUUUGAGCGGUUGCCAGGGUGUUGCUAUGUGCUUACUACAGUGGUCUGAGAGGUUGUCAGCAUGUGACUAUGUGGUUAGGAUAUUACUUAUGAGUAUAAGUCUUCUUUUUGUGUACUUAUCUUUUGAAGUAUGUUAAGAUAUGCUUGAAAGUAUAAGGAGUAUUCUAAGUAUACUUGGCUUGUAGUUGCGUUUACUCUAUUAAUCGAGCAGCCUAUUAAACACUU